UAUACAGUAGUGAUGAGGAUGAUGAAGACAUUGAGAUGUGUGAUCAUGACUAUGAUGGGCUGCUUCCCAAGUCUGGAAAGCGUCACUUGGGAAAAACUAGAUGGACCAGGGAAGAGGAUGAAAAACUAAAGAAGCUGGUAGAACAGAAUGGAACAGACGACUGGAAGGUUAUUGCCAAUUAUCUCCCGAAUCGAACAGAUGUGCAGUGCCAGCACCGAUGGCAGAAAGUUUUAAACCCUGAGCUCAUCAAGGGUCCUUGGACCAAAGAAGAAGACCAGAGAGUUAUAGAGCUUGUACAGAAAUACGGUCCGAAACGUUGGUCUGUUAUUGCCAAGCACUUAAAGGGGAGAAUUGGAAAACAAUGUAGGGAGAGGUGGCAUAACCACUUGAAUCCAGAAGUUAAGAAAACCUCCUGGACAGAAGAGGAAGACAGAAUUAUUUACCAGGCACACAAGAGACUGGGGAACAGAUGGGCAGAAAUCGCAAAGCUACUGCCUGGACGAACUGAUAAUGCUAUCAAGAAUCACUGGAAUUCUACAAUGCGUCGGAAGGUCGAGCAGGAAGGUUAUCUGCAGGAGUCGUCUAAAGCCAGUCCGCCAACAGUGGCCACAAGCUUUCAGAAGAACGGUCAUUUGAUAGGUUUUCCUCACGCUCCACCUGCGGCUCAGCUCCCCCCAACUGGCCAGACCUCACUUAACAAUGACUAUUCCUAUUACCACAUUUCUGAAGCACAAAAUGUCCCCGGUCAUGUUCCAUAUCCUGUAGCGUUACAUGUAAAUAUAGUCAAUGUCCCUCAGCCAGCUGCUGCAGCCAUUCAGAGACACUAUAAUGAUGAAGACCCUGAGAAAGAAAAGCGAAUAAAGGAAUUAGAAUUGCUCCUAAUGUCAACAGAGAAUGAGCUAAAAGGCCAGCAGGCACUCCCAACCCAGAACCAUACAUGCAGCUACCCUGGGUGGCACAGCAGCACCGUCGCCGACCACAGCAGACCUCAUGGAGACAGUGCACCUGUUUCCUGUUUGGGAGAGCACCACUCAACUCCAUCUCUGCCGGUGGAUCCUGGCUCCUUACCGGAAGAAAGUGCAUCUCCAGCAAGGUGCAUGAUCGUCCACCAAGGCACUAUUCUGGACAAUGUUAAGAACCUCUUAGAAUUUGCAGAAACACUCCAAUUUAUAGAUUCUGAUUCUUCAUCAUGGUGUGAUCUCAGCAGUUUUGAAUUCUUUGAAGAAGCAGCUCUUUCACCUAGCCAACACCAUGCAGGCAAAGCCCUACAGCUUCAGCAAAGAGAGGGCACUGUGAAUAGACCUGCAGGAGAGCCUAGCACGAGGUUGAACAAACGCACGUUGAGUGAGGGCUCACUUGACCCACCCAAGCCCUUCCCUUCUACAAGGCACAGCACAAUUCCACUGGUCAUCCUUCGAAAAAGGCGAGGGCGAGCCAGCCCCUCAGCCACUGGAGACUCUAGCUCCUUCAUAUUUGCUGAUGUCAGCAGUUCAACUCCCAAGCGUUCCCCUGUCAAAAGCCUACCCUUCUCUCCCUCACAGUUCCUAAACACUUCCAGUAACCAUGAAAACUUAGACAUGGAAAUGCCUUCUUUAACUUCCACCCCUCUCAGUGGUCACAAAUUGACUGUUACAACACCAUUGCAUAGAGAUCAGACUGUGAAGACUCAAAAGGAAAAUACCAUUUUUAGAACUCCAGCUAUCAAAAGGUCAAUCCUCGAAAGCUCUCCAAGAACUCCUACACCAUUCAAACAUGCGCUUGCCGCUCAAGAAAUUAAAUACGGUCCCCUGAAGAUGCUACCUCAGACCCCGUCCCAUCUAGUAGAAGACAUACAGGAUGUGAUCAAACAAGAAUCUGAUGAAUCUGGAAUUGUUGCUGAAUUUCAGGAAAAUGGACCCCCUUUACUGAAGAAAAUCAAACAAGAGGUGGAAUCUCCAACUGAUAAAGUGGGAAACUUCUUCUGCUCAAACCACUGGGAAGGGGAGAGUCUGAACACUCAGCUGUUCACGCAGUUGUCGCCUGUGGCAGAUGUGCCAAAUAUUCUCACAAGUUCCGUUUUAAUGACGCCAGUAUCAGAAGACGAAGACCAUGUCCUCAAAGCAUUUACGGCUCCUAAAAACAGGUCCUUGGCGAGUCCUUUGCAGCCUUGUAACAGUGCUUGGGAAUCGGCAUCCUGUGGAAAGACAGAGGAUCAGAUGACAGCUUCCGGUCAGGCUCGGAAAUAUGUGAAUGCAUUCUCGGCCCGGACUCUGGUCAUGUGAGACAUUUCCAGACAAGCAUUAUGGUUUUCAGAACACUUCAAGUUGACUUGGGAUAUCUCAUUCCUCUACAUGAAACUUUUCAUGAAUGGGAGAAGAGCUUUUAUUUGUUGUGGUACAACAGUUGCGAGCAGCACCAAGUGCAUUUAGUUGUCUGAAAUCUUAUUGGAUUUCACCCAACUAAAAGGAUUUUUAAAAAUAAGUAACAGUUUUACCUAAAUUAUUAGGUAAUGAAUUGUCGUCAGUUGUUAGUAUCUUAAUGCAGAUUUUUUAAAACAUAAAUGAUUUAUCUGUAUUUUAGAGAAUCCAACAAACCAGUAUUUUCUCCUAGAUGGCUUCUUUGAAUUUUUUAACAAUAAAAAAAGGUACUCCAAUAUUUCACAUUUCUCAAUCACUAAACAUAAAACAUUGAUUUAAAAAAAAAAUCAGUAUAAGCAUUACUAUAAAUGUUGACUUAAUAUCAUGGGAUAAUUAACCAAGAUUGUAAAUGCUCAUUUAUGGUUAAUAACGUUGGAGGUACAUUUACUGUACUAAACCAUUUUAUGAAUUUUUUGUUGUUAGCUUGCUUUAAAAAUUAUUACUGUAUGAAAUAGUUUUAUUAAAAAAAUUAUAUUUUUAUUCAGUAAUUUAAUUUUGUAAAUGCCAAAUGAAAAAUGUGUCUUGCUGCUAUGGUCUUAGCCUGUAGACAUGCUGCUAGUUUCCGAGGGGCAGUAGAGCUUUGGAUGGAAAGAAAAGAAACUUGGUGUUAGGUAAUUGACUAUGCACUAGUAUUUCAAACGUUUUUAUUUUUAUAUAUAUAUAAAUAUAUGUAUACACAAUUUUUUCCUUUUGUAACACAUUGGAAAACUUGUUUGGGAGAUUUUGCAUUUGUUGUUGUUUUUUGUUAUUUUUGGUUUGUAAGACCAUGCAUUGCACUUCUUUUUUGGGAGAUCUAUGUUGUUAAUGUCCUAUGUUUUGUUUUGAGUUCAGCCUGACUGCUGUUUAAUUCAUGGGUUAUGUGUUUGAUCACAUCCAUGGUUUCUAAGUUUAUGGUCUCAGAACUGCUGCAAGGAGCCUGCGUUUGCAGCCAGGAGACAGAAGACUGGGGUUGAUAGCCAGUUGCUGCCUUAAGAACAUUUGGUGCAAGACGGCCAGCACUGAACUUUUGAUAUGACAGUGUACUUACUGCCUUGUAGAGAAAUAAAGCUGUGCCCUUAUUUUACUUAC